UCACGUGGUCUUUAUUUAUGUAACGUAGCGGCGUUAAACUAUAACCUAGCUUUGUGCUAGAUACGCCGCUACAGGGGUUAAAAGCGGACACGGGGUCCAACAAAAGCAAAACAUAUUAAUGUUCAGAUAUUCUGCAGUGGCCCGUGGAGUUUGGAGCGACGAGGAACGCGCCGCAUGGGACUUGAAGCUGCGCUUUUUAUUCCACUUGCUCGAAAAGGGAAGGCGUUAUGUGCCUCACACCAAAGCCGGGUUGAAAAUAGAUCAUGCUAAUUUUUACGAAUAGAAAUAUAGUGAAUUGGACUCGUCUUAUCUAAUGUUAGCAUACAGCCGGGUUUGACUGUGCCGUGUGUGAUUUGGGCCACUGCGAUACCAGGAUUUACUGUGAAGCUCGCUGCCGUUGUGUAAGUUCAAUGGUCCACGCAAUACUACUACACGGAAAAGCGUCUCCGGCCGCAGUGCUUUAACGAAUUAAUAACAAGAAUUGUUGCGGCGACUUUGCGUCACUGGUGACAUAACAUGUCCACCAUGGAUCAUCUGGAGUGUCCGCUGUGUCUCUUCCUGAUGUCCGAGCCGGUGACCGCGUCGUGCGGCCACACGUUCUGCCGGAGGUGCCUGGGGGUCUACGUGCCGUCCAAAUGCCCGCUGUGCAAAGAGCGGCUAAAACAAAGAGAGCUGAAGAUCACCGGGAACAACGUCCUGCUCAUCGGCGUCAUAGAGAAGUGCUGUCCCGAGGAGACGAGAGUCAAGUGCCAGAUACAGGAAAAACUCAGAUCCAAGGACUUCGCCGAAGCUUUACGCAUCGCCAAUGAUGGGCUGCAGUCAGCCUCAGUCCACGAUGAUCAGAGUUUGAAGUUGUACAGAGUAGAAGCCAACUGUGGCCUGACUCGUUUCACUGAUGCUCUGGCUGACCUCAACUACCUCUGCGGCCUUCGUCCCAGCUGGACUGAGGGCUUCUUUCGUAAAGGGAACGUACUGCAGGAAAUGGGUCAGAAGACAGAAGCUCUCAAACAGUUCCACCAUUGCCUAAGACUCCAAUCUGAGUUUGCUCCUGCGAAAAGCCAAAUCAAGAAGAUCCUGGAGUCGGAGGGUGUGGAGGUGCCGGAGGAAGCGUCUGUUCUACAUCUGGUGUCCGAGUACCUGAAGGAGCCCCCCCCUAUUACGAGCCUCAGCGGCUCCCAGGGGCCCGAAGGCCUCAUACACCCAGGUGGCGAUGCAGUGGAGAGUAAUGGGAGGAGGGAGCCGUAUCAGGGCUCCAAAGUGAAGCAUGACACUGGCACCGAGUGCUGCCUCAGCCUUUGCCAGGCUGUGUCCUUCCUCCCUGCUGCUGAAGAGGAUGAAGAGAUGAUGAUGAGAAAGGAGGAUGGGCACGGGAAGGGAGGAAUUAUUCACAGCAGAGAGGCACCUCUCACUGUGUCAGACUUUGAGUGCCCUCUCUGCAUCAGGUUGUUUUUCGAGCCGGUUACAACUCCCUGUGGUCACACCUUCUGUAAAAACUGCCUGGAGAGGAGUCUGGAUCACAACCUUCGCUGUCCGCUAUGCAAACAGCCACUACAUGAGUUCUUUAGGGCCAGGAAAUACAACCCCACAGUUGUGCUCCAGGACAUUGUGACCGAUCUUUUCUCCCAAGAGUUGACUGAGAGGAAGCGGAUUCAUGAAACAGAGAUAGCUGAACUGUCCAACCUCACCAAGGACAUCCCCAUUUUUGUGUGCACGGUGGCGUACCCCGGCGUGCCCUGCCCGCUGCACAUCUUUGAACCUCGCUACCGACUGAUGAUGCGGCGCUGCAUGGAAAUUGGGACUAAGAAGUUCGGCAUGUGCAGCUACGAGCUUGGCAAAGGGUUCGCAGACUACGGGUGUAUUCUGGAGAUCCUCAGCCUGGAGAGGCUGGCUGACGGACGGUCGUAUGUGGACACUGUCGGUGGCAGCAGGUUCAGGGUGCUAAAGAGAAGCCAGAGAGACGGCUACCACACAGCCGACAUAGAGUACCUGGAGGACCUGAAGGUUGACGGUAGCGAGUUGGAGAGUCUGCAGAACCUUCACGACAGUGUUUACCAGCAGGCUCAGGACUGGUAUCAGCGCCUCAUUGGUCGAAUCCGCGAGCAGGUCGACAGGCAACACGGCUCCAUGCCGGAUAGAGAGGAGAACAUUCAGGCCUCGUCCAAUGGUCCGGCCUGGUGCUGGUGGCUGCUCUCUGUCCUCCAGCUGGACCCUGCCUAUAAAACCACCGUACUGUCUCUGACGUCGCUCAAAGACCGCUUGGGACACCUCCGCCUCGUCCUCGAGUACUUCUCCCAGAGCUAGAGUCCAGAGCGCUUUGAAACUGUCAAAUAUAACACGGAGACAAACGCAUGAAUGCACUCACAUCCCAGAAUUGGGACGUCUUAAAGUCAUGAGCAAUGCUAAUUCCCUGGUUCAUCUGUGCUUUUAUCAGAACACAGGUUUUUGGCAGAGUUUGUGAACGGCUUGGUUCUUGUACCGUAUUCUUUUGUGAUAACCUGAAUGCACGUUGGACUUGCUGUAACAGCAAAAACCUGCGGGACUGACCAAAGAUUUUCUUCUUAUUUUGGGUCAUCAGCAGUCAAAUAUUUGUACAUCUGAAGCUGUUUUCAAUCAAAAAAGCGACACUAGGUGUCACUGUUUCUCACCAGCAGCAUUAGCUGAGCUGGUAGAAUACGCCGUUGUCCACGUUGCCUGUUCAUCUUGAAUAAACUUAGCUGAGUUUGGAGUUUGAGUGAACAGCGCAGGUGUUCUGGAGAGAAACCUUCCCAACUAUGCAGGACGUCGUUUGAAUCCUCUCCGUGAUUCGCUCGUGCUGAAGGGCAGUUCCUCUAAUGUUUGCAUUCUAGAUUUCACGUCCUGGCCCAUGCAGCCGAGAACCAUGGCUCGUUUUGUACUGUUGCAUAACCAUAAAUGAUCACAGCUAGUAUUUGAAACUUUUGCAAUAAUUAUCUUUAGGAAAGGUGUUGGUGAGUGGGUGGGCAGGUGGAGGCUGAGGGUGGAUGUGCUUCUGUGUGCCUCUGGCCCAUACUGAGUCCGGCCUCUCGGCCUCUGGCAGCAAACUGGGGUCUUGCAAGUCUUAAGCGCUUGUGUGCAACGUAGAGGAUGGACUGCGGGACGUAGUCAUCAUCUUUCGCUGAUGCAAUGUUGAAGAUAUCAAAAUUUACAUAAUAACAGACUUAAUUGGGUAAAAAUAAAGAGCUUUUUAAGUUUGUUAAAUGUGCCAUAAAAAUAUCUUGUGUUUACCAAACAGUCACUUUGUUUAUUUGUCCAUUAUAUUUAUGUUUGUGUACAUCAGGGACUCUUAAGUUUGACCGUCCUGCCUUUUUGUACAGGUGAUGGAUAUUGCACUUCCAUCUUCUCUAGAUAUUAAAUAUUUUUGUUUGGAGAAAAGACUUUACACACAAAAAAUGUUUGGUGGGAAACUAAUAAACACAUGGAUUGGUUACCUGGCUAACAGGCUGAUCUCUGACCAGGGAAAUAACAUUGUACUUCACAGUUUCUUAAGAUGAGGUCGAUCGGUUCAGAUGUUGAAGCCACGUGAGAAUAACAUCAAAAACCUCCCUAAUGUGCCAGUUAUCACGUCCACUUUCACUGAAAGAAAUGCAUCACAGAGGCCAGUUUCCUGCUACUGUGCCACAAGAUGGUGGAAGCUCAUAUCAAAAAGGGGUCGCAGUUCUUACAGAAUGUUUUGAAUCACGAGCUUCACCUGCCUUUUUAUGGUAAACACAAAGGAUUUUCAUUUUGGAAAGUGAAAUCUUUUAGUGAUUUGUUUCUGACGCUCUGUUCUGGUUUCUCACUCUUUGCUUACUCUUGUGUGUUGAUGGUAAAACGCUGUCAUCUCGCUAAAUAAAAUGUUAAAGUUUGUUGAGUUCA